AUGGGUUUGAGCUCACUUUUAUUGUUUGCCUGCGGGGUUGUGUACGUCCAAGCUCACGGCAUGCUUAUGGACCCACCCAACAGAGGGUCUUUAUUUCGUCUAGGUUACAAUUCACCACAAGACUAUGAUGAUACUGCCGCGAACUGCGGGGGACUCACCCGUCAGCAUGUUCUUAAUGGGGGAAAAUGCGGCGUCUGCGGUGAUCCUUACGACGAGCCACAGCCCCGCGCACAUGAACUUGGAGGUAUGUACGGCAUUGGGUACAUCGUCGCCAACUACAAAGCUGGCCAACUCAUAUCUACAAAUGUGAAACUCAGCGCCAGUCACUACGGCUUUUGGGAACUACGCAUUUGUCCUCAUCCUUACGAACAAGAGCAAUCCUGCUUCGACAACGGCUAUCUUUUAGAACUUGAACAUGGUGCGACUAAAUAUUACCCAAGGCGAGGUGCAGGAUCUUAUAACGUCACUUAUCGCCUACCUGCUAAACUGACUUGUAAACACUGUGUUCUUCAGUGGCUGUACACGGCAGGUAACAACUGGGGAGUCUGUGCCGACGGAACGACAGGUCUUGAAUGUGGAAAACAAGAACACUUCUACUCUUGUUCAGACAUUUCCAUUGAAGCAAAUGUUACCCCAAGCACUGAAGCGAUCCACCAAAAAGAAAUGAAUUUUCAGGAGGCUACGAAGACAACCAAGUUACCGUCAUCGAAUCUAAGGGGUUUUGCCGAGAUAUUCAGUAACAUCCCGAAGGCACCAACGUAUUAG